CUGAAUGAGGCGAAGAAAUUUAGAUGCUAGGAUGUGGCACAAGUUUUUAUUUUUAUUGUUUAUUGAUUAAUCUUGGUUUAAAACUUUCUACCUAUUCAUGAUUAUCCGUUCAUUAUCAAUAUCUAACAGUCAAAGUGAUUGCCACUUCCUUUAGGCCACACUUCCCCAAUACAUCUGUCAAACCUACUCCUGUAGUACAGGUUAGGUUUUCGUUCGUUUUAGAUGAACACAAUGGAGAUUUUAACUGCUAAAACCAUGAAAACCAUUAUUCCUUCACCGCACCGAACUCAAGGCGAUGGUAUGGAAAAUGUGAUCGACAUGCAACAGAAAGCUGAAGCUCAACCCAGCACUUUCUCAAAAACACCCAAAAAACUUUUGGUUGAUGAUUUUUUGUACCGUCCCUCAGGGGUGAGCUUGAGAAGCAUACCUCCCCCCAUAUUACCUCCUGGGAGGAUGGUUAGUCUGACAUCAAACAAUAUAGUUCACUUAAAGAAAGACAAAUUGAGUGGUGUGGGAUUCAAGACAAAGGAACCCAAAUUCAUUCCGUAUGAACCAUAUAAAGCUGCAGUCAACCCAAUUGUACCUAUUCCCAGGCACAAAGGCUCAAGAAAAUCUUUCAAUGCAUCAACUGCUUCCAGGACUACUGUUCCCAACUGCAAAGAACCUAUUGAAAGCUUAUCUACAUUGGAAUCAGAUUUAGAAAAGGAUGAAGCAGUUUGUAAGCCAGCAAUUUGUAGUAGGGAUGAGGCUGUCGGUGCUGUUUCCAGUAAAGAGUGGGAAGAAGAGAAGAAGUCUAUGGAAGCUGAAAUCCAACAGCUCAAGGAUGACAACAGCCAGCUAGAAAAUCAGUUGAAAUUACAAGCCCAGGUGAAUGGUGAGCUCAAAAAGUUGCUUGUUGCUGCAGUCGGUGAAGAUAUUGAAACAAGAGUAAAUCAUUUGACAGAAGAUAAAGUUCAUCUUGCAAGGGCUUUGCUUACAUCAGCUCAAAGUUUAUCAACUCAUCAGGAGCAAACUGAAUGGUUGGCUGGCCAAUGUGAAGUUUGGAGAAGCAAAUUUCUCGCUAGCAGUUUAAUGGUAGAAGAACUUGCCCGGUGGAAAGCUGCAUUGAGUCAGAAAGCAAUUGACCUACAGGAAUCUGUGCAGCGCUUAUUUGAAGAAAGAUGUAAAAUACGAACUGCUCUCAUAGAUUGUCACAGAAAACUAUCCGUCUUAAGAGAGAACUUUGACAUGGUCUCAGCUUUGGGUGGUCCUCGAAAUGCCUCGCGUCGAAACUUAACCACAAGCAGUAUUGCUGAUCUUACUAUAGCUAACCAAAAGCUGUGUGAUGUGGUCACCACUCAGCUGCUUGGUAGUGCUAUUGAUAAAGUAGCUAAAUUCUCUCUUGACUACCAAAGUCUUGACCAACACUCUCCCACCGAAAAAGUUGCCUUACAGUUACUGCAGCAACCAAUUACAGCACUCUUGUCUGGAGGCCCGGAUGCAGCCUGUAAUGCUGUAAUGGGGGCAGCACUUGCACUUGGAGGAUCACAUAUGUUCCCUCAAAAUCCCAAAUUUGUCUGUUGUGCUCAUUGCAGUGGAGAGGUAAAACAAUUGUAAAAACAAAGUGGUGUAAACUGACAUUCUGAUUUAUGCGUUAUCAGAGAUAAUUUACAACUUUCUUCAUUUGAAGACAUUAUCUCUUUCUCUUUGUGUUUUGGUUCAAUUAAGUCAGUAAGAUUCUCAUUUUGACAUGACUAUUGAAUUUAUAGAGCAAUACAUUUUUAUAAUGAAUUUUGGAAGGACGUAUAGUUUAUAGAAUUGAUGAAGUAUAUUUUAAUCUUGAUUGGAAGAUUUCUUUUUUGAGGUUUCUGGUAAAGAUCAAGUUUGUAUUGCUGUGUACCUGUGAUUUAGUCCUAUUGUCAACAUUUUAUUUUUCUAAGAAAAAUUAGGUUAUUAAUCACACUAUUUGUUGUGUCUCGCUUCUAUUGUUUACAACACAUAAUCAAUUUUGUCAGAAAUUAGUGUACAAAAGCCCCUCUCGUAAUUUAACUUAAAAUUCAGGACACCUGUGUCUGGACUGUGAUGUUCUUAUUUUUAACUGUAAAAUAAACUAAUUGUUACCAUA